AUGUGGGAAGACGAAGAUAGUUAUUUAUUUAAUAGUUAUUUAAGCAUUCUGCCAACAGAAAUCAUACUUUUUAUUUUCAAAUAUUUAACGGCAAAGGACUUAGUCAGGUGCCGAGGGGUGUGCCUAAGAUUUAAACAGAUAGUCGACGGGCAAACUGGGAGGGAUAGGAUUUGGCGGAAGCACUGCAAAAUCGACUACCCUAAUAUUUACAAAAUAGCGCGAUACAAAUCCCAGCCUGACUGUUUGUGGUACAAUAUUUACAGGUCAUUGACCCUGUGGCCAAAGCUGGCGAGCGCUCGCGAGAUUUACGAAGAGUUCUCCUUGGUGUCGAAAGUGAGCGAGGAAAUUACUGAUCUCAAGAUACUGCGCAACGGUGUUAUUGCUGUUCACAAGCAGAGCGGUAUUUUUUACUACGACAUUAAGACAUUGAAACAGACAAAUAGAGGCCCAAUCGCUGGCCUCUAUCUACGGUAUACAGAAAACGAUGAUGUCAUAUUAAUACAUAGCCAUCACUUACAUAUAAUCGUAUUAGAUAAAAUCACACUGCAGUCCAAAUUCACGGCGACUGCAACCCUUGACGAGGUCAAAACCUUUAUUCUAGUAGAUCAGGAUGUGUACUAUGUGACACUGAGAGAUGCGAUAUGCGUUUGCAACCUUAAGAACUACCGUAAUAGGGUUAUAACGCACUCAGAAGAUGCAGUUAUGUCGAUCGGCUUCAGCCACAACAAGCUCCAUGUGCUCACUUUCCAACGGAACGUGUACACGUUAAAUGGGAUGGAUCUAACAUUUGUCUGUGAAAUAGGCCCUGACUGUAACCUACUGCACCAGUUGUAUUACUAUAAUUUCUUCGAGACAAUCGACUGGAGGAUUUUCCAUCAGUGGGUGUAUAUACUCAACCACAGAAUUCCAAGUGGACCGCUGCAAAGUGUCGUCAUCAUCCGAACAUAUGGAGAAGUUGUUUUCAUUGGAUCCAACUGGGGCGUUUUGAGGAUUUACAAUGCCCCAUUUACGGCCGGCGAAUUGGACCUUUACAACAAAAAGCAUACCAAACAAUACAACUUCAUGGAGAACAGCGACUUCCCCGUUAAUUCAAAGUGUCCAAUCCUCCAGAUAGAUGUCUCAGAGACUAAAGACGGUCACACAGUUGUUGUAGCGAUGCCGAAGAAAAUAGCAGUUCUUAAUUUCACUCACCAUUUCGAGAGAACUGUAUCGGUAGCAACUUCGCCAUAUCAA